AUGAGAUUAAGUGAAUUAGUUAAAAGUGCUAUUGAUAAUGAAGAAGUUAAUCCAAGCUUGCAUCGAUUUAAUCAAAUACUUCAUGUUCUUAAAUCUAUACCAAAGGCAGUUCCUUCAUUGAUUUGCCAAUUUAAUCUUCGUUGUCUUGAAUUUUUAAAGAGUUAUAUAUCAAGAAAAGAAAUGUAUUUUAUGUUAUGUCUUAUAGACCAUAUAAUAUCAAAUUAUGAACCUUUUAGAAAAGGAUUUGCUACAAAAGAAACAUUUGAAAAUUUCAGACAAGUAGCACAAUAUAAUAAUUUUAGUAUUUUUUCCAAAAAAAAUUCAUUUCUUUCAGAAAAAUGCAAAGAAUUUGCAUACCAAUGGAGAAUCUAUCCAGAAAUGGAAUUAUUUGCUCAUUGGAGUAAAGAUCAUCUUCCAAUAAACCCAGAAGUUAAAAUUAGUAAUGGAUCAUUAGAAAGUACUGCAAGAACAGUAGAAGAAUAUAUAUUGUUAGUAGGGGAUAUACUAGAAGAAUAUGAAGCUAAAAAGAAAAAACCAAAGGGUUAUGAUCAAUUAAUAAAAAAUGCUAGAGAAUUAUACACUGAAUUUACAGAAAGUUUAGAUGAAAGUAUUUUUAAUGGAGAAAUUAAUGAAAAGGAAAAGGCUGAACUAAAUGAAUUAGAAGAAGAUUUUAGAACUAUCCUUUCUAUUAUGGAAUCUCAAAUAGAACCUAAUUCUUUUAAUGAAAAAGAAUAUAAAAAAUCAAAGUCAGCACUUCCUUAUACUUCAUCAAAGAUUUUCUUAAGAGAAGAAACUCCAAAGAUUAUUUCUGAAAUUGUAUUGAAAAGAAGUGAGUCACAAAGUGAUUAUUCUAAAACAGAAACAAACUAUGAAUCAUAUCCUGUUCAAAGAGAAUCUUCUAGUAGAGUUUCUCCAUCAAUUCUUAAACCACUUGCUGACUAUGGUAUAUUAAAUCCAGUUUCUCGUAAAGCUGGUCCUAUGACUUAUCAAAUGUUAGAAGAUGAUUAAAUAAUUUAAUUUGUUAAUGAA